AUGCUCUCUGAGCUCGGGGGCUGCAGCGCCUUCGGGGGAGCUGCCGCCGGGCCCGGGGCACAGCUGGGGCAGAACGCGGGUUCGGUGUGGCUCCGCGGGUCCCCACAGCAUCUCCGCCCCCGGAACUGCCGCACGGCCCUUGGCGCGCUCAGCGGCCCCGCUGGGUCGGGCCCGCUCGGGAGCGGAGAGGCCCCAAAGGCGGGAGCGGAGGGCAGCGGGGCGGGGGCGGGGCUGCGGUCGAACCGUGUAGGGGCGGGGCCUGGUGUGAGGCGGCCCGGGCGGGGGCGUGGCCGCGCAGCCAUGUCGGAGGGGCCGGCGGGAAUGGCGGAGACGCGGCUGCGGCGGAAGCAGCUGCUGAGCGCGGAGGAGACGGAGCUGUUCGAACUGGCGCAGGCGGCGGGCAGCGGCCUGGAUCCGGAGGUGUUCCGGGUGCUGCUGGACCUGCUGCGCAUGAACGUGGCGCCGCUUGCCGUGUUCCAGGUGCUGAAGUCGAUGUGCGCCGGACAGCGGCUCCCGCCCGCAGCCGAGAGCGGCCCCGCCGCGCCGCCGCCGAUCCCCGCCGACAGCCGAGGGAGGAAUAAAAGCAGCUCUGCUGUCGGUGGGUCACAGAUUCUGGCCGAAAGAAGCAGCCGGGAAGGAUCUGCCCAGAGGAUGCCCCGGCAGCCGAGCACCAGCCGCGUGCAGAAGGCAGGAACCUCUGGGAAGAGCAGCGGGGGAGCCAACAGUACCUAAAAAAGGCCUUAGAACGUGGGUUUUGAUGCUGGACAAUGAUUGUAAAUUGUGCUUGUGUUAAAGCUGCUUGUGUUGUAUAUAUUAAACUAAAACCACGAUUUGUAAUACAGGGAA